GCUUGGCCCUGGCAUCGAACGAGCUUCCCACCAUGCUCAUCCCCGUCACCAUCUCGGCAGUCUUUGCGGCGCUCUUUGCCAUCUCGACCUACUUGCCAUUUCAUAAGCACCACAACCUGCACUUCCCCAAGGCAGACCUGAUCAAGCGGACCGACCUGAACCUAGACUCGUGCGCUCGCAUCACCGCACCCGGCCUCAAGUUCUGCGAUGAUGUCGUCCUGCACCAACCAUCCGGCAUGGCAUAUGUCUCCUGCGACCCAAGCAGGCUGUGGUGGGACCCAGUGCGCGGCAUUUGGGAGUCGGUGCCCGCGUCGGCUCCGCGCGAGCUGAGAGAGCCGGCAGAAGGCAGCGCCGAGGUCGCCGGCAUCUGGUCGUGGGAUACGCGGCAAGAAGGCAGCUUGCCCAAAAAGCUCAAGCUUGCACACCUACCGAGAAGAGGCGGGUUCCACCCAUAUGGCAUCGCCGUCGUCAAUGCUGACAACCAGAACCUCAACGCCAGUGACCCCGGCUCGCUGCUGUUGCUCGUGUCCAACCAGCCAGAACCAGCGCGGUCGAGCAUUGUCGAUGUCUUUGUGCACGACAUCAACGACGCUGCCCAAGGCGGCCGGCAGAACACAGAGCUGCAACACCACCUCCGUCUUGGACCCGAUCACUUUACCCCGGAUGCAAAAGCACAGACUCCACCUGUCUCGCCUCAUCGCCUCACCAUCUUCCACGAGCAGUACAGCCCGGCGCUGCCGCCGCAGCACAACCCCAGCAGCAGACGGAAAAUCGUGAUGCCAUCCUUUUUCUUCUCCGCCACGCCGGACCCGAGCGCGUUCGCCAGCAAGGACGGGAAGAGCGUCAAGUUGGGCAUCGAUAACUACCCGGACUUCGCAAAGCACAUGCUCUUUCCCAAGCGCCAACCUUCGCCGCCGCGGUAUCUCUACUUCUACAUUGCCAAGGCGGCCAAGUCGGUGCCGAUCGCCGAGCUGAGCUCGUGGCCUGGCUUCGUGCCACAAGUGCACGCGUGGGACGGCGGCGGAAAGCGCGCAGGAUUCAACUCGUCUGCCGCGAUGCUAAUGAGCGUCAACACAGGCGCCGAGGUCUCGAGUCUGCACCAGUGGGACCAGCACUGGGUACACGGCGUGGAGGCGGGCCUGGAGGUGGAGCAGGAUCCGUACGCUGAAUUCAAGGACCGCCAGGAGAGCAUCCCGACGGAGGAGGAGAGCGGGAUCAAGCCACCCGAGCGCUACAUCCAUAACUACCGCCCACAGUUUGUCAACUUCUGGACGCGCCCGCUCAAGUCGCCGAGCUUCGCGCUGGCGAUCGACGACUGGGGGCGAGCCUGGACGGCUGGUACACAGGAGACGGGGCUCACAGACGCGUGGAUCGCCUACCUGCGCCACACACUCGCGCGGGGCCUGCCGGCGCACAAGGGCGUCGGCGCCGCGAGCGUGCGCAGACCCAGCACGCUUAUCGAGCAGACCACACACGUCUUCCGCCAGGGUAGCGUCACGGCGCACCCAUGGGAGAUGGAGCGCAUGAAGCUUGUCCGCGACCGGGGCAUCUUCAUCCCCAAGGAGUUCAUCGGCACGAACAUCUACCGUGCACAUGCGCGCCCUGCAGCCGAUGAGUGGCAACCAAUCAGCCUGUCCUCCUCCUCGUCGCGCGAUGGCAGCAGCAUCCAGCUCGGAUUCCUGCCAACGCUUCCGACCGGCAUGGCCGUCGACCGCGUAGGGAAGACACUUUACGUGACGGGCGCGUACGACGAGCGCGGCAUCGCCAAGUGUAGCAUCCCCGGUAACUGGGCAGAACUGUGACGAAGCAUGUAGCAUGUAUUGCCGAUAGACCUACAGCAAAAGAAAAUUGCAGCAGGCUGUUGGGUCCACGGCUAUGCAGCCCUCUCGCGGGAUAUUCUCUGCCUACUGGCGAGGGGAGAAGCGUAGAAAACGUAGUAUGCAUUCCACGUUCAUGUUCUGCAAGAGACAUAUAUAUAUAUACGUGACGUUUUCCGGAGGGUUUCAUGUUGGUAGCCUUACAUCCAAUUCGCUCCUUCCUCAUUCUUUCUCGUCUUCAGCGACAUUCUACCCACACAAAGCCGGGCUAAUGUAUGGAUAUCAAAGGAAAAAGAGGCGCUGAUGCAUGAU